ACGGGGAGAAGUUUCAGAGACCUGAGUUUGGCUCCGGAUAGCAUUCACAUGCCCUCGCUGCACUACGCUCAACUUGUAUCCACGCGACGUCGAGAUGCCGGGUUUAGAGAGUAUCUUGAUGGCUAUGGUUGCCCCUGAGUUACGUCAUUUAAACUAUGUCCCGCGUUGGCACAUGGACACGUUGACGCCUCCCGUGUUUUAUGGCACCGAUGGCGCCCCCAGGUUUCCCCGCGUGACCGACCUUCGCAUCAGGAAUGCUGUCAACGGGAGACAUGACAUGACAUCCCUUAUCACUGCUUUCCCCAUGGUACAAAAUGCUGCACUCGGUGGAGCGGAGGUGACUGCGUUUUUGUGUCACAACGGGUCUCAUCGACCAGUUGACUGUUGGCGGAACCUCGAGAGUGUCACCGUCAUCGAGCCUGAGACGAGUAUCAUGGAGGAUUUACUCCGAUGGCUUACGGAACGAAAUCGCAAAAACAAGACCAUGUUGCGCGUCUCGCUGGAGGAGCUAGCUAAUAGCAGCGAGUUUCUGGAGUUCCAUGAAUGUCUGAUGCGGUACGCGAUCGUGGAACUCAAGGAUCCCCAAAUCAGAAUAGGGAGAACCAAUUUUCCUAUAUCUCCUUCGCUUCGAGCGGUGCGUUACUCGUGGUGCGUUAGCAUGCAGUGGGCUUAUCAUGUGUUACUCGCAUCAUUGCAGAAGCUCUCUAGAUAUACGCCGGGAAUGGUCAGGGCGAUCGGUGGUGUACUCCGCGACGAGUAUACCUUGUGUGAACCGGAUAACGAAAGUGCCACCCUACUCCAACCCACGUAGUCACUGUAUGUUAAGUAGUAUUUUCAGGGUGUCGCCGGGAUAUUUUUCAUAUGUAACAAGCACCAUCAUUUAGUCUGUAUUCUGUUGUCUUGGUCAAAAUUCGUUUCUUGUAGUGGCUGCGUUGGAAAGUUCGGGAAACCGACCCAACUUGGAGGGGUUUCACUCCUCUCUCUUGCCUUUAAGAAAGCGGGCCUUCACCAAUAAAUUGUCUUAUUAAGCCGGCCAAGUCAACUACGAAAAGACGCCCUAUUUGGUUUUCCUCGGUCUUGGA